AUGAGCCUGCACGUAACCGUCUACGUAGCGCCCGCCAACGUGGACCGGUUCAAGGUCGCCUUCAAGCCCGUCUUCGACCGCGUGGCCGCCGAGCCCGAGUGUCUCUUCUUCGAGCUGUACACCGACGCCGCCGAGCCGGGCAAGCUGAGCUGGGUCGAGAACUGGUCGAAAUCUACACAAUGGUUCGCCGAGUAUCAGAUGACCAAGGACUACUACAAAGACUACCUUGCCGUCACCGAGCCCAUGUUCGUCAAGCCGCGGGAGUACCACAUCCUCGAGCGGGCGGGGCCCGACUUCUUCAUGGUGAAGACGGAUCCGUUUCCGCAGUAG